GGAUAAGGACGCUGAGAAGGAGCGGAGGCGACAGGAAGCGAGGGAGAAGGCCGAGCAGGCCAAGAAGGAGACGCAGGAGAAAAACCUGGCGCUGAAGUGGAUCGGCACCGCAACGAGGCUCGAGACAGAGCUGGACGGGUACCUCGAGCAUGAGAAGGCGGACAAGGUGCCGUCAUGGGCUGUGAAGAACGCGAAGGCGGCGAGGAAGUCUGUGGCAGUCAUGAAGGCGGUGGCGCAGAAGCGCGUGCACAGCGGCGUGGCGUUGACGAUCACGCAGGACGAGGCCAUCAGCAUCCAGAAGGAUGCGAGCUCGGCGGCGAGGGCCAUCGCGGGGAUGCUCAAGGAGGCGCAGAAGCACAGCACCUGA